AAUUGACGGUUCAGGCGUUGAAAAACAAUUAUAAAAAAUGAUAAUCUUAUUUUUGUAAGGCCCAUUGGGCCAUAGUAUACGGCAGCAUAAAACAUCCUUCGAACUUAGAAAGAUGUGAAGAAGAGGGCUAACGGCAGCCAGAGACCAUUAUUCUAGGCACUUCACACUUGUACUGUAUGGUGGUAAGACACAUAAAUUGUAGAAACACCGAAAGACUAGAACGGGGACACGACCAAAAUAAGACACACACCAAAUGAAAUCUCGAACAACUAAACAUUAAAAGACUGGUGCAUGCAUAAAACACGUUUCGUAAAUCCAAAAGAUUACUACUGUGAAGAAACUUGGCUUGUAUAUGUAAGUACAAAAGAUCACAAAUAAAAACUCUUCACAAAAACACGUUUUGAAGAACUUGAAGAAUCCAGACAUGAUGAUCAUGAUCUUUCUGCUAUGCUUAUUAAUCUUCGUUACCAUCAUAUUUUUCAAAAAACAGAAGAGAGGGAAGAAAAUCAACACACUUCCGUCACCACCGGGACUACCGUUAAUCGGAAACCUUCAUCAGCUCGGCCACCACCCUCACCGAUCACUAUGCUCUCUCAGCCACCGCUAUGGUCCUCUCAUGCUCCUUCACUUUGGCCGUGUCCCUGUCUUGAAGAUGCAUGACCGUGUUUUCGCAAACCGGCCACGGUAAAAAAUCUUCGAAAAGCUUCUUUAUGAUAAACAUGAUGUGGCCUCAGCUCCUUAUGGAGAGUAUUGGAGGCAAAUGAAGAGUGUAUGCGUCCUCCAUCUCUUCAGCAACAAAAUGGUACGGUCCUUUCGAGAAGUGAGAGAAGAAGAGAUCAGUGUGAUGAUGGAAAAUAUCCGGAAAUCGAAUUCUUUGCCGGUAAAUUUAAGCAAAAUCUUGGUGAGUUUAACUAACGAUGUGAUAUGUAGAGUUGCUUUGGGACGGAAAUACGGUGGUGAAGUGGAUUUUAAGGAGUUAAUGGAGAGGCUAAGUAAGCUAUUGGGGACGUUUAGUGUGGGGAGUUAUAUACCGUGGCUUGCCUGGGUUGAUUGGGUCAGCGGUUUGGAUGGUCAGCUAGAAAAGACGGCAAACGAUCUUGAUAAGUUCUUUGAGAGAGUUGUGCAAGAUCAUGUCAAUGGCAACAGAGAUAGGACUGAUUUUGUGGAUGUAUUGCUCUCCAUUCAGAGAGAGAAGAGCGUCGGGUUUGAAAUCAACCGUGUCAGCAUAAAGGCUAUCGUCUUGGAUGUUUUUGUGGGUGGUACGGACACAUCAUAUACACUUAUGGAAUGGGCAAUGACAGAGCUUCUACGUCAUCCAAAGUGUCUGAACAUACUCCAAGAAGAAGUCCGUACGAUAUGUAAGGACAGACCAAGUGUAUCAGAAGAUGACAUCAAAGACAUGAACUACUUAAAAGCUGUGAUCAAGGAGACACUCAGGCUACACCCUCCCCUUCCAUUGAUGGCUCCUCACGAAUCAACCCAAGAUGUCAGAUUAAGAGAUUACCACAUACCUGCUGGUACACAGGUGUUGAUCAAUGCUUGGGCGAUCGGGAGAGAGGCUGCGACAUGGGGACCAGACGCGGAGGAGUUUAGACCAGAGAGGCAUUUAUAUUCGUCUGUUGAUUACCGGGGUCAGGCUUUUGAGCUGAUUCCGUUUGGAGCAGGAAGAAGAAUUUGCCCAGCAAUAUCAUUCGCUGUGGCGUUGAAUGAGGUGGUUUUGGCUAACUUAGUGCAUCGGUUUGAUUGGAGAUUACCAGUCGAAUCUACAGAAGAUCAGACGGAUGUGGCUGAAUCAACUGGUAUUGCGAUCCACCGCAUGUUACCACUCUACGCCGUUGCAUCAUCUACUACUUGACUAGUUGACCUAGGCGUUAUGAAUAUAAAUGCUUUGUUCUGUUAUACGUGUACAAUAAACAUAUAUGUUUACUCAUUUGAAACUCUGGGAACCAUAACUUUGCAAGUUCUCCACCAUA